UUGAUGUGUCAUAUCAAAGUGACUUGUUGGGGCUAUCAGCUGGUUUGACAGCGACCCCGAAGUUCGCCUUUACAUCGUUUAUCUCCGCACCGAACGACUUCAUGGAUUAUUCGCAUUCGAUUUAACCUCGGGAAGGACCAUGGACCAGCCUGGUCCUGCUUCGGAUGCCCACACGAUGGACGGGUUGGAGGCUGAAUCUUUGUCUGAGGGAUCUCCUAUUGUGAAUCAGCUCAACAACAGCGAAGCCAACAUGGAAAAUGAAGAACAAAUAAAUCACAAUACUGCAGAGGAAGCAGAAAGAUGCAGCCUGCCAAAGGAUGGAGAACAGCCUGAAAGGGAGUUAAUCAAGUGUACAACAGAUGUUCAGAUCCACACAAAGGUAGAGCCGGAAGCUCAAAUAUGCAGCCAGGACCAGGUGGAGGAGAGUGAGAUGUGUGGUGAUACUGGCUCUAAAAACAAUACAGUUUCUGUGGAAGGCCGGACAUCUUUGUUGUCAGGUGAGGCUGACAGAGCUGUGCUAGCCCUCGAAACGUCUUUAGAUGAUGUGGCAGAAAACUCUCCUUCUGUUCUUGAAGAUACAAUAGAAACUUUGUUGACUUUUGAUGAAAUGAAGGAUGCUCAUGCCACAGCUUCGAACUGCAAUGAGAAGCCACCAGUCUCAUUUACUAAUUGUUCUAAUGAGCCACUGCCUGCUGCUGCUGCUGAUGAUGAUUCAGCUGAAAGUCCAUCAUCCACUUCCAAAAGCUCCCCUACUGACUCCACAACCACGUCUGGGAUCUCUAAUGGCCCGUCAACCCCCAAUUCUGACACUGUCAGCUCCUCACUUGCUUCCAGUCCACAAACCAGUGCCAAAACCUCAGCCCCCCCGCAUUCUACAUCCAGCCCGUAUGAUACUGACUGCAGCCGCAAGCUCAUUUCCCAGAUCCAGCGCUCGCUGUCACAGGAGUCACUGUUGGAUGAGCUUGAGUCUGAGCUUUUGGACUGUCAAAUGCCUGAGGGUGAAAGUGGAGGCGAGAGGAAAGGGAGGUCACCUGUCAACGGACUCCCUACAGACCAGGAGGGCUGCAUGGUGGUCUUGGAGAAAUGUGUGCAGUACAAGUAUGCACAACAGGAGAAAGCUAUUCAGAGGUUACUUGAGGAGAAUAAAAGACAUCAGGAGCUGAUCCUGGGUAUCUGUUCAGAGAAGGACACCAUGAGGGACGAGCUGAAAAAGAGGACAGAGGCAGAAAAACAGCUCAUCACCACCAUUAAAAAGUUGGAGGGCAGGGUGGAGGAGCUACUAAAGGAAGUGAAUGAGUCGCGGGAUAAGCUUACCCAUCAGGACCAGGUUACAAAGGCUACUCUCAAGCAGAUGCAGAAGGAGAUGGCCCACCGAAUCGAACAGGCGAACAAGAAAUGUGACGAGGCACGCCAAGAGAAGGAGACCAUGGUGAUGAAAUAUGUGCGGGGGGAGAAAGAAGCGCUCGACCUGAGACGAGAUAAGGAGAGUUUGGAGAAAAGACUGAGGGAAGCCACCAAGGAGGUGGACCGUCAGGCAAUCCGUGGAAACCAGCUGGCUCAGGAGAAAGGCAGACUGCAGCAGCUCUUUGAUUCCAAGGAAAGCGAGGUUAUCAGGUUGACUCGCGAGGGGGAAAAGUUGAAGGAGGAGAUCAACUCGUACCUGAUAAAGGUCAAAUGGGCCCAGAAUAAACUCAAGAGUGAGGCGGAUGCACAUAAGGAGACUAAAGAUAAACUGAGAGAGACCACAUCCAAAUUGGCCCAGGCCAAAGAAGAGACCGAGCAGAUCCGCAAGAACUGCCAGGACAUAAUCCGAACAUACCAGGAAUCAGAAGAGCUCAAGUCCAAUGCACUGGAUGCUAAACUGAGAGAGACCAAAGGAGAGCUGGAGAAACACAAGCAGGAACAAACAGACCAAUUAGAGGUGCACCGAGUAAAAGCCAGGGAGCUGGACGACCUGAAGAGGAGUUACAAAGAGGGCAUGGAUGAGCUCUGUACGUUACGCACCAAGUUAAAGUGUUUAGAGGACGAGCGUCCACGCUGGGAGGACGAGCUGAGCAAGUACAGGGAGAUCAUCAACCGGCAGAAAGCUGAGAUCGGCCGCCAGAGAGAUAAGCUGGAUGAGGUCACCGCGCUCGAGGAGCAGCAUGAACGAGACAAACAGGAGAUUGCGUCGCUCCGUGAGGAAGCGGACAGCUUUUCCAACCAGAUGACCGACCUCCAGCGCGACAUACAAGGCAGCAGGGAGCGCGAGGCUGAGCUGCUGGGCUUCACUGAGAAGCUGAGCAGCAAAAACGCCCAGCUCCAGUCGGAGAGCAACGCACUUCAGUCUCAGCUGGAUCAGCUCAGCAGCAGCUUUACCGAGCUCCAAGCAAAGCUGGAGGAGACCAACAGGCUUCUAGAUGACAAGUCACGGCAGCUGAAGCAGGAGGAGGUGCUGAGGCAGCAGGAGGUGCAGGGCCUGCAGCAGGAGCGGACUUCUCUGCAGACAGAGGUGACCCAGCUGAAAACCAGAGUGGAGGAACUGAGGGACGAACUGGUGACUCAGAAAAGGAAACAAGCUGCCAACAUAAAGGAUCUGACAAAACAACUAACACAAGCCCGUAAGAGACUAGAGCAGACUGAGAAUGGAGGCUGUGACCGGGAUGUCAGCAGUAUGGGCAGUCGCUCUAGUUCCUCAGGUACUGCUCCUGGAUUUGGCUCUCUGAAUGCACGUCCCAGUGGGAGCAGUGGCAUCGAAGAGCGGUCGCCAGAGAGCCAGUCGGGUCCUUCGGUGAUGGUCGUGGACAGUUUCCCACAGGUGGACAAGGCUGUGCUGGUGGAGCGCAUUGUCCGUCUGCAAAAGGCUUUGGCUCGCAAGCAGGAAAAAAUGGAGUUCAUGGAAGACCACAUCAAGCAACUUGUGGAAGAGAUACGCAAAAAGACCAAGGCAGCCUGGUGAACACUGGUUGAGCUAAGCUACACUGUAAGCCUGAAGCUUUGGAGUAAUAAAGGGACAGAGAUAUAGCAGUAGAAGCAUAGUAGCAGAAAUUCAUUAGGUUAUAUAACACACUGCAUCUUUUGGCUCAUUCACUUCUCAAAAGGAGCUGCUUUGGACACAGCUUGUUCUGGAAAAAAAGGUCUUAUGUACUUUUCCAACAGUUGAAAUGCAUGAAUCUCCCAGGUUGCCAUUUAUAAAACUAAUCACAUAAUCUGCAGUGAAAUUGAAUUUGUCCUGGGUCAGUUUAAGAUAAUUUCAUGCCCCUGGUGGACUUCUCUCCAUAGCAUCAGUGGCUGAAACCCUGGUUUUUGGUGCUGUUGGUCAUGCCCAACUUAAGAAACUAGAUGAUUUCUUGGACUGUAAAUUGAUGGACAUACUUUAUUGAUCCCAAAACUAUGACGGCAUAAUAACAAACAAAAAGUAAAAAAAACAAAAAAACAAACUGUAAUUAGGUAGUCAUGCAGCUAUACAUUUGUAUUCCCUUCAUUUUAUUGAGAAUUCACUAAAGGGUUUCAUUAUUAUUAUUAUUAUUAUUAUCAUUGUUAUUUUGUCAAUAAAUCAUAUCAAGGGCUGUCCUUCAAACCUCCACACCUGGUGGUUAUGAUCAUUUAUUAUAUAUAGGCUUUUGUUGCGACUUGAAGACUAUGGAGAUGAAACAGGAUGCGAGCUUAGCAGGAAGCAGGAGGAGUGUACAUGGGUGUUUAUCUGCAGAGCAACCUCUUUUCCAGUGUAGGUAACUGCAAAUGAGAGCUAUUUAUGAUCCGUCGCAGGCUAUUGACGAUCCACAGCUGCUCAUUGUGUCUAAAUAUCUUAUCGUGGAUCCGUUCAGUCAAGGUGCCACUUUGACAUCAGUUGGCACUGUAAUUGAUUUUCCGUUUGAUCUGUAUUUUAGCCAAACUUUAGUGCGGUGAUUUUUUAUUAUCAUAUACAUGUACAACAGUUGUACAAAUAUCAACAAAGCAUGAAACUCUUAUUUGAUUUAGAAAUACAAUUAACCAAAGAGAACAUUUAAGAACCAAAAAUGUUUUCCCUCAGUCUCUUGCCACGUUUUGGGCACCGGUUUUAAGAGUUAGGCUUUGUAUUUUGGUCUGACGCACCAAAUCCACAAGAUCUACUGUAACUCGACCCAUCGCCUCCAUUACUUCAUGCAUGCUUGACUUGCUGCCCUCAUUGCUCAUGCACCGUCAGCGAGAGAAAA